UGGCGCCGCGUCGCCGAGAGUCGGGCCCAGGGCUCCGGGGGCUGUCCCGGCCAGCCGGGACGUCGCCAUGGCGACCCUGGAAAAGCUAAUGAAGGCCUUCGAGUCCCUCAAAUCCUUCCAACAGCAGCAGCAGCAGCAGCCCCCGCCGCCGCCGCCUCAGCCCCCUCAGCCGCCGCCGCAGGCGCAGCCGCCGCCUCCCCCGCCGCCGCCUCCCGGCCCGUCCGUGGCCGAGGAGCCCCCGCACCGACCAAAGAAAGAGCUCUUGAACACCAAGAAGGACCGUGUGAGCCAUUGUCUGACGAUCUGUGAGAACAUCGUGGCGCAGUCCCUCAGAAAUUCGCCGGAAUUUCAGAAGCUCCUGGGCAUCGCUGUGGAACUCUUCCUGCUGUGCAGUGAUGACGCGGAGUCGGAUGUCCGGAUGGUGGCCGAUGAGUGUCUCAACAAAGUGAUCAAGGCGCUGAUGGACUCGAACCUGCCACGCUUGCAGCUGGAGCUCUACAAGGAGAUUAAGAAGAAUGGCGCCCCGCGGAGUCUGCGUGCUGCGCUCUGGAGGUUUGCAGAGCUCGCUCACCUGGUCCGGCCGCAGAAAUGCAGGCCGUACCUGGUGAACCUGCUGCCCUGCCUGACGCGAAUCAGCAAGAGGCCCGAGGAAUCUGUUCAGGAAACCUUGGCUGCAGCUGUUCCCAAAAUUAUGGCUUCCUUUGGCAAUUUUGCCAACGACAAUGAAAUUAAGGCACUGCUCAAGGCCUUCAUCGCCAACCUGAAGUCGGGCUCCCCAACCAUCCGGCGAACAGCAGCCGGGGCGGCCGUGAGCGUCUGCCAGCACUCGCGCAGGGCCCAGCACUUUUACAGCUGGCUUCUGAAUGUGCUCUUAGGUUUGCUGCUUCCCAUGGAGGACGAGCACCCCACCCUGCUCACCCUGGGGGUGCUGCUCACCCUGAGGUACCUGGUGCCCUUGCUGCAGCAGCAGGUCAAGGACACGAGCCUGAAGGGGAGCUUCGGGGUGACGCGCAAAGAAGCGGAGGUCUCUCCUACGACGGAGCAGCUCAUCCAGGUCUAUGAGCUGACUCUACAUCACACGCAGCACCCUGACCACAACGUGGUCACCAGUGCGCUGGAGCUGCUGCAGCAGAUCUUCAAGACCCCACCCCCGGAGCUGCUGCAGGCUCUGACCACGGCCGGCGGCCUCUCGAGGCUGACUGCCGCCACCGAUGAGCCGGGAUGCCGGAGCCGGAGCGGGAGCAUUGCGGAGCUCCUCGCCGGAGGGGGUUCUUCGUGCAGCCCUGUCCUGCCCAGAAAACAAAAAGGCAAAGUGCUCCUGGGGGACGAGGAGGCCCUGGAUGAUGACUCUGAGUCGCGGUCAGACGUCAGCAGUGCCACCUUUGCAGCCUCUGUGAAGGGUGAGCUGGCAGCCACCUCCGGGAUGUCCACGCCUGGGUCCGUGGGGUCAGCCGCUGACUCCACAGGCCAUGACAUCAUCACCGAGCAGCCCCGGCCGCAGCACACUCUGCAGCCAGACUCCGCGGGACUGGCCAGCUGCGACCUGCUGAGUGGCGCCACCGAGGGGGACGAGGAGGACAUCCUGAGUCACAGCUCCAGCCAGAUCAGCGCUGUCCCGUCAGACCCCGCCAUGGACCUCAACGACGGCACACAGGCCUCCUCCCCCAUCAGCGACAGCUCCCAGACCACCACCGAAGGGCCCGACUCGGCCGUCACCCCGUCUGACAGUUCUGAAAUCGUGUUGGAUGGCGCCGACAGCCAGUGCUUGGGAAUGCAGGCGAGCCAGCUGCAGGACGGCGAGGAGGACGCUGGUGCUCUGCCCAACGACGCCGCAGAUGCCUUCCAGGGCUCGGCCGCUGCCCUCCAGCAGAUGCACUUACUGAAGAGGACGGGCCAUGGCCGGCAGGCCUCUGACAGCAGCACGGACACGUUCCCGAGAGAGGAGCCCACCGAGCCCGGUGACCAGGAGAAUAAGCCUUGCAGAGUUAGAGGUGACAUAGGACAGGCCACUGACGACGAUGCUGCCCCCCUGGUCCACUGUGUCCGCCUGCUCUCGGCUUCCUUUUUGCUGACGGGGGAGAGGCACGCUCUGGUGCCUGACCGGGAUGUGAGAGUGAGCGUGAAGGCCCUGGCAGUCAGCUGUGUCGGGGCAGCUGUGGCCCUCCACCCCGAGUCUUUCUUCAGCAAACUCUACAAAGUGCCCCUUGACCCCAGAGACUGCCCUGAGGAGCAGUACGUGUCGGACAUCUUGAACUACAUCGACCACGGCGACCCGCAGGUCCGAGGGGCCACCGCCAUCCUCUGCGGGACCCUCAUCUACUCCAUCCUCAGCCGAGCCCGCUUCCACGUGGGCGACUGGCUGGGCGCCCUGCGCAGCCUGACCGGAAACACGUUUUCCCUGGUGGACUGCAUCCCUCUGCUGCAGAAAACCCUGAAGGACGAGUCCUCGGUCACCUGCAAGCUGGCCUGUGCCGCCGUGCGCCUCUGCGUCAUGAGUCUGUGCAGCAGCAGCUACAGCGAGGCGGGCCUGCAGCUGCUCAUCGACCUGCUGGCCCUGAGGAGCAGCGCCUACUGGCUGGUGCGCACGGAGCUCCUGGACACCCUCGCGGAGAUCGACUUCAGGCUGGUGAGCUUCCUGGAGGACAGGGCGGGGCACCUGCACAGAGGGGCGCACCACUAUACCGGGCUUUUACAGCUGCAAGAACGAGUGCUCAGGAACGUUGUCAUCUGUCUGCUGGGCGACGAGGAUCCCAGGGUGCGGCAUGUGGCCGCGUCCUCCCUGGUGAGGCUCGUCCCCAAGCUGUUCUACAGGUGUGGUCAAGGACAGGCCGACCCUGUGGUGGCAGUGGCUCAGGACCAAAGCAGCGUGUACCUGAAGCUCCUGAUGCACGAGACGCAGCCCCCGUCCCACCUCUCCGUCAGCACCAUCACCAGAAUCUACAGAGGCUAUAACCUGUUACCGAGCAUCACUGACGCCACUCUGGAGAACAACCUUUCCCGCGUGAUUGCCGCCGUGUCCCACCAGCUGACAACCUCGACCACACGCGCUCUCACCUUCGGGUGCUGCGAGGCGCUGUGUCUUCUGUCCACGGCCUUCCCGGUGUGUGUCUGGAGCCUCGGCUGGCACUGCGGUGUUCCUCCGCUGAGCGCUGCAGACGAGUCCCGGAAGAGCUGCACUGUGGGCAUGGCCACGACGAUCCUCGCCCUGCUCUCCUCUGCCUGGUUCCCCUUGGACCUGCCCGCCCACCAGGACGCGCUGACCUUAGCUGGCAACCUGCUGGCAGCCAGUGCCCCUAAGUCUCUGAGAAGCUCAUGGGCCCCUGAAGACGAGGCCGACCCCACGACCACCAAGCAGGAGGAGGCGUGGCCCGCCCUGGGGGACCGGACACUGGUGCCCAUGGUGGAGCAGCUCUUCUCCCACCUGCUCAAGGUGAUCAACAUCUGCGCGCACGUCCUGGACGACGUGGCUCCCGGCCCCGCAGCCAAGGCGGCCUUGCCUUCUCUCACAAACCCCCCUUCACUGAGCCCCAUCCGACGGAAGGGGAAGGAGAAAGAGACCGGGGAGCAGGCCUCCAUGCCACUGAGCCCCAAAAAGGGUUCUGAAGCUGCUCCAGCUUCUAGACAAUCCGACGCCUCGGGGCCCGUCACUACCAGUAAGUCUUCGUCCCUGGGAAGUUUCUACCACCUCCCCUCCUACCUGAAACUGCACGACGUCCUGAAAGCCACGCAUGCCAAUUACAAGGUCACUUUAGACCUGCAGAACAGUACAGAGAAGUUUGGUGGCUUCCUGCGCUCCGCCUUGGAUGUCCUGUCUCAGAUCCUAGAGCUGGCCACCCUGCAGGACAUUGGCAAGUGUGUGGAAGAGAUCCUGGGCUACCUGAGGUCCUGCUUCACUCGAGAGCCAUUGAUGGCGACUGUCUGUGUCCAGCAGUUGCUGAAGACGCUCUUUGGCACAAACCUGGCAUCACAGUUCGACGGCUUGUGUUCCAAGCCCAGCGGGUCCCAGGGCCGCGCCCAGCGCCUGGGCUCCUGCAGCAUGCGGCCGGGCCUAUACCAUUACUGCUUCAUGGCACCGUAUACCCACUUCACCCAGGCCCUGGCUGACGCCAGCCUGAGGAACAUGGUGCAAGCUGGGCCGGAACACGACACCUCGGGGUGGUUCGAUGUGCUCCAGAAGGUGUCCUCCCAGCUGAAGACCAGCCUCUCCGGCGCCGCGAAGAACCGUGCCGAUAAGAACACGAUCCAUAACCACAUCCGCCUGUUUGAACCUCUCGUCAUCAAGGCCCUGAAGCAGUACACCACGACCACGUCCGUGCAGCUGCAGAAGCAGGUCCUGGACCUGCUGGCACAGCUGGUGCAGCUACGGGUCAAUUACUGCCUCCUGGACUCCGACCAGGUCUUCAUCGGCUUUGUGCUCAAGCAAUUUGAGUAUAUCGAGGUGGGCCAGUUCAGGGACUCUGAGGCCAUCAUCCCCAACAUCUUCUUCUUCUUGGUUCUGCUGUCUUAUGAACGUUACCACUCCAAGCAGAUCAUCGGGAUCCCCAAAAUCAUCCAGCUCUGUGACGGCAUCAUGGCCAGCGGGAGGAAGGCUGUGACNNCAGCCAUCCCGGCCCUCCAGCCCAUUGUUCACGACCUGUUUGUGCUUCGGGGGACAAACAAAGCAGACGCCGGGAAGGAGCUGGACACCCAGAAGGAAGUGGUGGUGUCCAUGCUGCUGCGGCUCAUUCAACACCACCAGGUGCUGGAGAUGUUCAUACUCGUCCUGCAGCAGUGCCACAAGGAGAAUGAGGACAGGUGGAAGCGGCUGUCUCGCCAGGUGGCCGACAUCAUCCUGCCGAUGCUGGCCAAGCAGCAGAUGCACAUCGAUUCCCACGAUGCCCUCGGCGUGCUCAAUACGCUGUUUGAGACCCUGGCCCCCUCCUCGCUGCGCCCCGUGGACAUGCUUCUGCGGAGCAUGCUGGUCACUCCAGGCACCCUGGCCUCCGUGAGCACCGUCCAGCUGUGGGUGUCUGGGGUCCUGGCCAUCUUGAGGGUGCUCAUCUCCCAGUCCACGGAAGACAUUGUCCUCUCUCGAGUCCAGGAGCUCUCCUUCUCCCCGCACCUCCUCUCCUGUCCAGUCAUCCUGAGGUUGAGAGAGGGGGCCGGCCACCCCACACAGGAAGAGCACGGCGAAGGGAGGCAUGCCAAGCACUUGCCCGAAGAAACCUUUUCCAGUGUCGCCACUGCCUGGCAAGAGGGCACAGUGCCCAUGCCCCCUCUGCCACGACCCGAAAUAAGCCUGUUACUGUCAUUGCCUUCUGCCACUCCUAGGAGACACAGCCUCUCCAGCACAAAGCUGCUGAGCCCCCAGACUCUGGGGGGGCCCCAGGACUCCGACCUGGGCUCCAAACUGGGCAUGUGCAACCGGGAAAUCGUGCGGAGAGGGGCGCUCAUCCUCUUCUGCGACUACGUUUGUCAGAACCUGCACGACUCGGAGCACCUGACCUGGCUCAUCGUGAACCACAUCCAGGACCUCAUCAGCCUGUCCCACGAGCCCCCGGUCCAGGACUUCAUCAGCGCUGUGCACCGCAACUCUGCCGCCAGCGGCCUCUUCAUCCAGGCCAUCCAGUCCCGCUGUGAGGACCUCUCCACCCCCAGCACGCUGCGGAGGACGCUGCAGUGCCUGGAGGGUAUCCACCUGAGCCAGUCAGGCGCCGUGCUGACCCUGUAUGUGGACCGCCUGCUGAGCACCCCACUUCGUGUGCUGGCACGCAGGGUCGACACGCUGGCCUGCCGCCGCGUGGAGAUGCUGCUGGCGGCCAACGCCCAGAGCAGCGUGUCCCAGCUGCCCCUGGAAGAACUGAACAGGAUUCAGGAGUACCUCCAGAGCAGCGGGCUAGCACAGAGGCACCAAAGACUCUACUCCCUGCUGGACAGGUUCCGUCUCUCCACUGUCCCCGAGUCACCCAGCCCCGCCCCUCCUGUCACUUCGCACCCUCUGGACGGGGAUGGGCAGGUGUCCCUGGAGACCCUGAGCCCAGACAAAGACUGGUAUAUCUGCCUUGUCAAGUCCCAGUGCUGGACCAGGUCGGACUCUGCGCUGCUGGAAGGGGCAGAGCUGGUGCACAGGAUCCCUGCCGACGAGCUGGCUGCCUUCAUGAUGAACCCGGAGUUCAACCUGAGCCUGCUGGCCCCGUGCUUAAGCCUCGGCGUGAGCGAGCUGGCCUCGGGCCAGAGCAGCCCUCUCUUUGAAACGGCCCGCUUUGUCACCCUGGACCGGAUAGCUGGCCUCGUCCAGCAGCUCCCGGCCACCCACCAGGUGUUCCAGCCCUUUCUGCCUGCUGAGCCCUCUGCCUACUGGAGCAAGCUGGACGGCCUGUUUGGGGACGCUGUGCUGUACCGGUCUCUGACCACGCUGGCCCGGGCCCUGGCGCAGUACCUGGUGUUGCUCUCCAGAGUGCCCAUCCGUCUGCACCUGCCCCCCGAGAAGGAGCGCGACACUGUGAAGUUUGUGGUGAUGACGCUCGAGGCCCUGUCGUGGCACCUCAUCCACGAGCGGAUCCCGCUGAGCCUGGACCUGCAGGCCGGCCUGGACUGCUGCUGCCGGGCGCUGCAGCUGCCGGGCCUCUGGCUCGUCCUGUCCUCUGCCGAGUGUGUGACCCACGCCUGCUCCCUCAUCCACUGUGUGCGCUUCCUCCUUGAGGCCAUCCUGGUGCAGCCCGGGGACCAGCUUCUCAGCCCGGAGAGGAGGGUGACCGCGCCCAAGCCGACCAGCGAGGACCGAGUGGAUGCACACCCCCCACGUCCCCAGUACGUCACAGCGGCCUGUGAGAUGGUGGCCGACAUGGUGGAGGCCCUGCAGUCUGCGCUGACCCUGGGCCACACGCGGAGCAGCAGCACUCCCGCCUUCCUCACGCCCGUGCUGCGGAACAUCGUGGUCAGCCUGGCCCGCCUGCCCCUCGUCAACAGCUACACGAGGGUCCCGCCCCUGGUGUGGAAGCUCGGGUGGUCACCCAAGCCUGGAGGGGAGUUUGGCACAGCGCUUCCCGAGAUCCCCGUGGAGUUCCUGCAAGAGAAGGAGGUUUUCAAGGAGUUCAUCUACCGGAUCAACACGCUGGGGUGGACCAGCCGCACGCAGUUUGAAGAAACGUGGGCUGCCCUCCUUGGGGUCCUGGUGACACAGCCCCUCUCCAUGGAGCAGGAGGAGAGGCCACCGGAAGAAGACACAGAGAGGACGCAGAUCAACGUCCUGGCUGUGCAGGCCAUCACCUCCCUGGUGCUGAGCGCCAUGACUGUCCCCGUGGCCGGAAACCCCGCAGUGAGCUGCUUGGAGCAGCAGCCCCGGAACAAACCACUGAAAGCUCUGGAUACCAGGCUUGGGAGGAAGUUGAGUGUCAUCCGAGGGAUUGUCGAGCAGGAAGUCCAGGCCAUGGUUUCUAAGAGAGAGAACAUCGCCACCCACCACCCAUACCAAGCCUGGGACCCUGUCCCUUCUCUGUCUCCAGCCACGACAGGGGCCCUCCUCAGCCACGACCGGCUACUGCUACAGAUCAACCCGGAGCGCGAGUUGGGCAACAUGAGCUACAAGCUCGGCCAGGUCUCCAUCCACUCGGUGUGGCUGGGCAACGGGAUCACGCCCCUGCGGGAAGAGGAGUGGGACGGGGACGAGGACGAGGAGACUGAUGAGCCCACACCCUCCUCACCGCCCACGUCGCCCGUCAACUCCAGGAAGCACCGGGCCGGGGUGGACAUCCACUCCUGCUCGCAGUUCCUGCUGGAGCUGUACAGCCGUUGGAUCCUGCCCUCCAGCUCAGCCCGCAGGACGCCUGUCAUCCUCAUCAGUGAAGUGGUCAGAUCGCUGCUCGUGGUCUCGGACCUCUUCACGGAGCGCAGCCAGUUUGAGAUGAUGUUCUCCACGCUGAUGGGCCUGCACAGGGCGCACCCCUCUGAAGACGAGAUCCUCCUGCAGUACCUGGUGCCCGCCGCCUGCAAGGCGGCUGCCGUCCUCGGCAUGGACAAGGCCGUGGCAGAGCCUGUCAGCCGCCUGCUGGAGAGCGCCCUGCGUAGCAGCCACCUGCCGGGCCGCAUCGGGGCGCUGCACGGAGUGCUCUACGUGCUCGAGUGUGACCUGUUGGACGACACCGCCAAGCAGCUCAUCCCCACUGUCUGCGACCACCUGCUCUCCAACCUCAAGGGGCUCGCCCACUGCGUGAGCGUCCACAGCCAGCAGCACGUCCUGGUGAUGUGCGCCACCGCCUUCUACCUGAUGGAGAACUACCCGCUGGACGUGGGGCCCGAGUUCUCUGCCUCCAUCAUCCAGAUGUGCGGCGUGAUGCUGUCGGGCAGCGAGGAGGCCACCCCGUCAGCCGUGUUCCACUGCGUCCUGCGCGGCCUGGAGCGGCUCCUCCUCUCGGAGCAGCUCUCGCGGCUGGACGCCGAGUCCCUAGUCAAGCUGAGCGUGGACCGCGCCAACAUGCACAGCCCGCACCGCGCUCUGGCCGCCCUGGGUCUGAUGCUCACCUGCAUGUACACAGGGAAGGAGAAAGCCAGCCCGGGGAGGUCGGCAGACCCCAGCCCUGCGGCCCCAGACAGCGAGUCGGUGAUUGUGGCUAUGGAGCGAGUGUCUGUCCUGUUUGACAGAAUCCGGAAGGGCUUUCCCUGCGAAGCCCGAGUGGUGGCCCGGAUUCUCCCGCAGUUUCUGGACGACUUCUUCCCCCCCCAGGACGUUAUGAAUAAGGUCAUUGGGGAGUUCCUGUCCAGCCAGCAGCCCUACCCCCAGUUCAUGGCCACCGUCGUGUAUAAGGUGUUCCAGACGCUGCACAGCACGGGGCAGUCGUCCAUGGUGCGGGACUGGGUGAUGCUCUCGCUGUCCAACUUCACGCAGCGCACGCCUGUGGCCAUGGCCGUGUGGAGCCUCUCCUGCUUCUUCGUCAGCGCCUCCACCAGCCCCUGGGUGUCGGCAGUGCUCCCACACGUGGUCAGCAGGAUGGGCAGGCUGGAGCCCGUGGACGUGGGCCUCUUCUGCCUGGUCGCCACAGACUUUUACCGACACCAGAUAGAGGAGGAGCUAGACCGCAGGGCCUUCCAGUCGGUGUUUGAGGUGGUGGCCGCCCCCGGGAGCCCGUACUACCGGCUGCUGACCUGUCUGCACAGUGUCCCCCAGGGCACCACAGGAUGAGCUGGCCGGAGGGGACUGCAAAGCGGUCGUCCGGGGCGGACUCUGGACACCGUGCAUGUGUGCGGCAGGCAGAAGCCCCCUUGGCAGCAAGGGGCCGAGCAGGGAAUGUAUAUGCAGGCCCCCGGGGCCUCCACCAACCCAUUCAGACCGGCACUCAGCUCUGCCCUCGCCGUGGCCACAGCCGCUCGCCCAUCUGCCGCCCCAGUGGGAGUCGGUGUCGUUGCACUUGGUGGGCGUUGCCCGUGCGAGAUGCAGGCGGCCUGUCUGGGACUCAUGCAACCCGGCAGGCACGGGGGGCAGGUGGCGGGCACCCAGCACCAUCCCUCCUCCUCUCUCUUCUCAGGAUCUGAAAUUUAAUUCUAUCAGUAAAGAGAUGACUUUUAACCUAA